AUGGCCGUCUUGCCUAUUCUGACCAAGGUUGACCUUUGUGUGCUGCCGCUGUUGAUUCUAUCCCUGCUACUCGCGGGUCUAGACAAGAAUGCGCUCGCUUUUGCUGCUGUCCUGGGGAUGAACCAGGACCUAAAUCUCCAUGGCCAACAGUAUUCAUGGCUCGGUUCCAUCUUCAAUAUUGCAUACCUGUUUGCCGAGUUUCCAACAUCAUGGCUACUUACUCGACUGCCUAUUGGCAAGUAUGUGGGCGCCUCUUUAAUUUUAUGGGGUGCAUGCGGGUGUGCAAUGGCAGCAUGUACCAAUUUUGCAAGCGCUGCCGCCGUCAGGUUUCUCCUUGGAGCCCUGGAAUCAGCCAUGCUGCCGUCGGUUAUCGUCAUCAUGUCCACUUGGUAUCGGCGUGAAGAGCAACCACUGCGUGCUGCAUUAUGCUUCGGCCCCUGGUCCAGUAUGUUUGGUGGUAUUCUUGCAUAUGCGAUUGGAACUCUUCGAGCACAAAUACCUACAUGGAAGUUGAUAUUCCUAAUCUAUGGUGCAAUUACCAUAGCUAUUGGUUUUAUCAGUCUUCUAGUGCUCCCAGACAACCACGAUAAGGCCAUCUUCCUUUCCAAAGGUGAACGUGAACAGGCAAAACUCAGAGUUGCUGAUAAUAAAACGGGCAAGGAUACACGCAAGAAAUGGAAAUUAUCCCAGGUCCUUGAAGCCUUGAAAGACGGAAAGUAUUGGUGCGUCGUAGCUUUUGUUUUAUUCCAGUCCAUUACUAACGCUGGAGUUACCAAUUUCAAUCCCCUCAUUAUUGCUGGAUUUGGAUACUCAAAGCAGAUAACUGUUUUGUUAGCAGCUCCUCAAGGAGCAGUUGCGCUCACAGCGCAAGUUAUUGCCGCUCUAUUAGCACUCUACAUACCUAACCUUCGCUGCUUGCUGUGGGUGCUCUCCUGCAUCCCCUCUCUCGCAGGAACCGUGAUAGUACGAUAUGUUUCCGUAUCAGAGAACCGUAUUGCUGCCCUUAUGGGGGUAUAUCUAACCGGGUUCUACAACAUUGCUUGGUCUAUGGCCCUAAGUCUUGUAUCCUCCAACACUGCUGGAGCUACUAAGAAGAGCUUUGUUUCAGCCUCUAUUGCCAUUGCUCAUGGAAUUGGAGGGUUAGUCGGCCCUCAAUUUUUCCUUGAAAGCCAGAAGCCCCAUUACCAGCUAGGACUAGGUGCUAUGAUUGUGUCUUUGAUAAUGAUGGCAGUUUGCGGUGCAAUAUACGGGACGCUCUGCAUUUAUCAGAACAAAGCUCGAGAUAAUAUCGGCGAAGUUGUCAGCCCCUUGCCUGCCGAGUGCUAUUCCACAGAAGAAGAUACCGACAGGGAGGCAGAUGAUAAGACAGAUCGUGAGAUGCACUCCUUUCGCUACACAUAUUAA